UUCAACUAUUCAACACCAGAGAGCUGGUGUUUCCAUUUGCGGAUACGAACGGAAGUUAUAGUGCUGCCACCAUACAACCUCUUUAGGUUGGAUUUCUGUGGUGAACACGUUUCAUAAACGGCACGCCACGAUGCAGAUAUUUGUGAAAACUUUGACGGGUAAAACCAUUACCCUCGAGGUAGAAGCGUCCGAUACUAUUGAAAAUGUGAAAGCAAAAAUUCAGGACAAAGAAGGAAUCCCACCUGAUCAACAACGUCUUAUUUUCGCUGGAAAACAAUUAGAAGACGGACGUACUCUUUCUGAUUAUAAUAUUCAAAAAGAAUCUACUUUGCAUCUUGUACUUCGACUUCGUGGUGGUGUUAUUGAACCCACCCUUCGUAUUCUUGCACAAAAAUACAAUUGUGACAAGAUGAUCUGCAGAAAGUGUUAUGCCCGUCUUCAUCCACGCGCAACUAAUUGUCGUAAAAAGAAAUGUGGUCAUACAAAUAACAUUCGGCCCAAAAAGAAGCUAAAGUAAACUAUACGUUCCAAUUUUCUUUGCUUAUUUUGCAAAUGUAUGUGUACACCUUACAAUUGAUUUUAAUAAAACAUACAUGAAAAAGUAA